AUGAGUGAGAUCCACUUGAUUGCUACUCUCCGCCCUGCAUCCGGCAAGGAAGCCCAGCUGCGCGAGAUGCUACGCCAAACAACGGCUCACGUCACUCACGUUGAGAAAGAUUGUUUGUCGUUUCUGCUGACAGAAAUGACUGAUGGCAAUGGUAGACUGCUCUUCAAAGUCAUCGAGAGAUGGGCCAAUGCGGAGGCCCUGGUUCGCCAUCAUCAACGAGAGUGA